CUUACCACAACCGGCGACGCCACUGUCCGUAACGUACGUGGCGACCGUAGUCACCGACUCGUGUACCAAAUUGUUUAUGUUGUGUUCCGUUUUUUAAUUCCGUUUAAUUAUUGAAAAAGAAAGUGUUUGUGCACGCGCGGUUUCGCGCCAAAAUAUUGUGACAGUGACUUUUAGUGAUCAGCUGUGACACUUUUUUUUUAUUUCUCCAUUUCCUUUUGGAUUUUUUUGGAAGAUGGCGCACCCUACAGAGUUACGAUCCGAAAGGGUGAAGCAAAUGUUUAGUUGGACUACGGGAGAGACCUCGCCUCCGUCGCCAAUGGGCGACGCGAAGGAGUCUAAGAUGAGCCAGAUACAGUUCUCACCGCCUUUCGAAAAACAAGAGAGCUCGGUGUGGCAGAAACGUCAACAGGCGGUGUGUGUGCGGCACGCGUUCAAGCACUAUGGCUCCAAGAAGCGACCCAACCACGUGCUCAGCAACCUCAACAUGACAGUCGCUAAGGGCACCAUAUACGGUCUUCUGGGAGCUUCAGGGUGCGGCAAGACGACCCUGCUGUCCUGCAUCGUGGGCAGGCGGAAACUUAACAGCGGAGAGAUAUGGGUGCUCGGAGGAAAACCUGGCACCAAAGGAUCGGGAGUCCCAGGCAAGCGAGUAGGCUACAUGCCGCAAGAGAUAGCUCUCUACGGGGAGUUCACCAUCAAGGAGACGAUGAUGUACUUCGGCUGGAUCUUCGGCAUGGAGACCAGGGAGAUCGUGGAGCGACUGCGGUUCCUCCUCGACUUCCUCGACCUGCCCAGCGAGAAUAGGAUGGUUAAGAAUCUUAGCGGUGGUCAACAACGCCGAGUCUCCUUCGCCGUAGCCCUCAUGCACGACCCUGAACUCCUGAUCCUGGACGAGCCCACCGUGGGAGUGGACCCACUGCUGCGCCAGUCCAUCUGGACGCACCUCGUACGCAUCACCAGCUCCGGCGACAAGACGGUUAUCAUCACCACGCAUUAUAUUGAAGAAGCUCGGCAGGCGCAUUGUAUUGGUCUUAUGAGGAGUGGUCGUCUCCUGGCCGAGGAGUCACCACAGGCACUACUACAGAUGUACAGCUGCAUAUCCUUGGAAGAUGUGUUCCUCAAGCUGUCUAGGAAGCAAGUGGAGCAACCUAGCCAACAAAACGUAAAUUCUCUUCCAGGCCAGGCCAAUCAAGUUGUCGAGCUGAACGUGACGGGCGGAGCCCUAGGGCUUAACAAAAUGUCGAAGAGGGAGGAAGCACCUUAUGCGGCUGAGGAUGCUCAGGUUGUGGGGCUGGUCUUCCAUCAGAGUAAAGAGGUGCUCAUUGUCGACCAUGGAGCCGGGUCUAAUGGUGAUAUUCCUGGCAAGGUGACAGACGUGACACCUGACUGCGAGGACUGCGGAGACUGUCUUAAUUUUACAUCUCGAGGCAAGAUAAAGGCGCUGAUUCAGAAGAACUUCCUGAGGAUGUGGCGUAACAUCGGCGUCAUGCUGUUCAUCUUCGUGCUGCCGGUCAUGCAGGUCAUACUGUUCUGUCUCGCGAUUGGACGAGAUCCGAGCGGGUUGAAGCUGGCCAUAGUAAACGACGACGUGCACAUCCUAGACGGCUACUGUCCCUACAACGCGUCCUGCUCCAUGAAGAACCUCUCUUGUCGCUACCUGGAUAAUCUGAACAACCACACUAUAAAGGAGUAUUAUGCGAACUUGACGGACGCUCUCCGGGCGGUCGAAGAUGGAGAGGCUUGGGGAGCGCUGUACUUCAAUGAGAAUUAUACUGAUUCGCUUGUUGCGAGAUUGGCUUUAGCGGACACGGCCGACAACGAGACCAUCACGUCGUCGGAGGUGCAGGUGUGGCUGGACAUGUCCAACCAACAGAUCGGUCUCAUGCUCAACAGGGACAUACAGUUCUCGUACAGGGACUUCGCUAAGGACUUGUUGGAGACAUGCCACUACAACCCGAAGCUUGGAGACAUCCCCAUCGACUUUAUGGACCCCAUCUACGGCAACAAGAACCCCUCCUUCACUGACUUCGUCGCGCCAGGAGUUAUAUUGACCAUCGUCUUCUUCUUAGCCGUCGCCCUCACAUCAUCAGCGCUCAUCGUGGAACGUAUGGAGGGUCUGCUCGACAGGUCGUGGGUCGCCGGCGUGUCUCCCGGGGAGAUCCUGUUCUCUCACGUGGUCACUCAGUUCGUGGUCAUGUGCGGGCAGACCGCUCUCGUGCUCAUAUUCAUGAUCUCCGUGUUCGGCGUCAAGAAUAAUGGCAAUAUCGUGUUCGUUAUUAUGCUGACUUUGUUGCAGGGUCUCUGCGGCAUGUGUUUCGGCUUCGUAAUAUCAGCGGCUUGCGAGCUAGAACGAAACGCGAUCCAACUGGCCCUCGGUUCAUUCUACCCCACGCUCCUACUGAGUGGAGUCAUCUGGCCCAUCGAGGGCAUGCCUUGGGUCCUCCGAUACGUGUCCCUCUGCCUACCCUUAACCCUCGCCACCAACUCCCUCCGGUCUAUCCUGACCCGAGGGUGGCCUAUCACUGACCCUGAGGUCUACAUGGGCUUCGUAUCAACCCUAGCCUGGAUAGCCUUAUUCCUAAUCGUCACGUUAACCAUUUUGAAGUUCAAAAGAAACUAGUUUGCCAUUGCAUUUGCUCAAUAAGGCACUGGUCCGCUAUUUGAAAGUCGCUUGUCGACUAAAGUCCGUCCUUUAGAUUUUUCUAAAUGUAUCUGUUUUAGAGUAGCAUUUAAAAAUGGAGUUAUACUAUCGUGAGCUAUUAUAAAAUCAUUUUAUUUGUAUUGAAAAAUCCGAUUGUAAUAAAAUAUAUGAUCAAACAAAAAUGCAAACACGAAUAUUUGUAAAUUAUUAUGAACACUCGGCUUACGAUAGGACUUAGAUAUUCACGGACCACGCCUUUACUAUAGUCAGUAUCUAUUUCUUCAUGUAAAAGGUGAAGGGAGACUCAAAGUCAGUCAGUACACUGUCGAAUUAAAAAAAAUAAGUUGUGAAAAAAAUAAAAAAUACAAAAAAAAUCGAGAGAGAAAAAAACGAGGUGUUUUUACAAAACGCCUAUUUCACGCUUAUGUCUGUUACCACCAAAUGUCGAGAGUGUACGACUUGCUUUCCAAAUAUGUAACUGAAAAAGUAAUCUAUGCAGUGCCCAUAAAGUCUAAUAUUGUAUGGCAGAUUAAAUAGAUCACUUUUUAAGAUUUUGAGGACUUUUCUGCUGAAAGUACUUACAUCUUUUGAACAUCAAUUUACAAUUUGUAAAAAGCACGAUUAACUAAUCAAUUAAAUUGAAAAAUUGGUCUGAUUUCUUAUUUAAUAACGUGAGAUAUACUUUUUUUAUCUUUCAAGUCCUCAUAAACAUAUAUUUUGCUCAAAUAUCGAACAAAACUAUUUUUUAAUUACCUAGUUCUUAUAGCUAAUUGACUGUUAGUCGGAAUGUAAAUAGUAGCUUGUAUUUAUGCGUUAGUGUCAAGUUUUACUUCUUAGGGUUAACGGGAAUGUUAGCAAUAAUGAUUGGUCCAACGCUUUUUAGGGUUAAUUUGUUUUCUUGUGUUUAUUACGGGAGAUAUUUUUCAAAUGCAAGAAUAAAAAUCUUGGAUACUUAAGUUAUUUAUGUUAAAUAAUCUGUAUUGCUAUCAUUUUGAAAAUUAGUGUUGCCAAUGUAAAAAAAAUACUAUCAAAUCUCCGCAUGUUUAAACAUGCUUAUCUCGAAAUAAACACAGGAAUUCAUCACUAUCAUCGGUAAGGGACAUUAUAUGUAAGAUUUUGACAUUCAAUGUUGAAAAUACCUGAUAAACGAGUUACCAUAGAAUAAGAUGGUGCCAUAAACAUAAUGGUGUAUAAGGACUUUUUUCGAAAAACCUUUUUUGGAACAAAAUAAAAAGAAAACUGGUUUGAACUUUAAAUGCUUAGUGAUUAUUAUUUUAAGUUGACUCUGUUAUUAUCUGUGUGAAUAUAAAAAUAUGACUGAGAAAUUGGUAAAAUAAUAAUUAUUGAGUAAACGGCAGCGCCAUCUUGUUUUUUAAACGGCAACACAAACUUUAUGGUAUUCAAAAUCUAUGAUGAAAUCAAUGGUCACAUCAUUUUAUAGAUUUUAGUGAUGUACAGUAAGUUAGGUUGUUACGGAGUCUAGAAACGGUAGGUAGAGUCUAGAUUUUAAGUUAUAUGUGGAGUUUUGUAUAAAAUAUCCUUUUUAUAUGUAUUUUGGUCUAGAGAUGUCGCUUAGCAAAUGUUACAUCGAAUAGUUGUGUAAAUCGGUCGGUGUCGAGUGUAUCGAUUGCAUGUAGAAUUAAUUAUUGUAUCUUAGAAGUGUCAGACUGUGAUUAUUUUUGCUAACAUUGACAUUUUUGUAAUGACAACUAUACAAUAAAUACUGUACCAAAUA